AUGCUGCCGGUCCGAACAUCAGUUUCAACAUCAAACGGAACCCGCCAAACGCAACGUUCCGGUCCGCCGCGCGUGGAACGCGACUCGCAUACCGGCCAAACGGAAACGGUUGAAAAAUCGACGCCCGAAUCCGCGUUCGCCGUAACGCGAACGUUCGCGUUAACGCGCGGACGGUUUGCGGUAAACCUCCGACUUUCACGGCCCGCGCGACGCCCGCCUAGCGGGAACGUUGCUCCGAGCAAAAGACACCGCGAUCGUUGCGGGCGACGAGAAAGUCCGAGAGCUAGUCUCGUGAUUUAUCGACGGCUCGACAAGGCUGCUCGAACAGCACUAGUGACCGGGAAGUUC